GAAGAAGAACAACGACAGCACCGUAGAGGAAGAAACCAGCUGUUUUUUUCCCCUCUCAUAGUACUGUUGACUCUUUUUCAGCAGCAUCUUUGGAUAAAAAAGCCGAGAAUCAGCUCUGAAGGGUGUGGAUGUUUCAUUUUGGUUUGAAGAAUCAGGAAAAUCGCACGUCCAUGUGUUUGAUGCAGGAGUAACGGUAGGAAAGUGUAAAUGUGUUGAUUAUUGGGGCUGAGACAUCACUGACACGUAGGACUGCAAUGGUGAAAUUGGCCGUUUGUCUGUUUAUGGAGUUACUGUCAAAGAAAUUAUCUGAGUCAAAAGCACUUUUACGAAGAAUAAGUAAUUAAAGGUGAACUGUGUCAGUUUGCAAAUCUGAAGAAUCGUGUCUGUAUUUAAGAGAAAACAUGUAUUUGUCUCUUUAAUUGUUGACCUACUCCAAUCUUUGGAGCAUCUGUAAAAUGUUAUGUGUUUGUCUUUUCUCCACACAGAUGUCAGGCAGGGGCAGGCUGGUGCCCUGCAUGUGUCUGGGGCUGUUUGUUGUCCUGUGCUGGGUCUGGGUCUCCUUUGCCUCUUUUCCAGACGAGCAGCUUCCCCUCGAGGCCUGGGAUGCAGCGGACCGAGGAGCCUUUCAGCCUCAGAGUGCUCUAUCAGAGAUGGAGUUUGCCUCCAUCAGCUCAUACACAGGACCUGGCAACAGUGACCGCCGCAGCAACAAAGAGCUACCCAUUCUCCUCUGGUGGAGCGGAGGACUGUUCCCACAUUUUCCUGGUGACACUGAGCGCAUAGACUGUGCCACAUCAUCCUGUCUGGUCACAAGCAAUCGCAAGGUAUCAAAGAUAUUUAACCUUGGUUCAGAUAGAGGGAGUGUGGUCAGUUUAAUCUAAUUACGAUGUGAAGGUGUUCUGACAGAAAUCUUAUGUACGAACUUUUAAGGUCCAGCAGUACAAACGGACAGCAUCCAUCAUCUUUUAUGGAACAGACUUUAGGGCAUAUGAGGCUCCGCUCCCUCGUCUCCGCCAUCAGACCUGGGCACUGUUCCAUGAAGAGUCGCCUAUGAAUAACUACUUUCUCUCCCAUGGCCCGGGAAUCAGGCUGUUUAACUACACAGCCACGUUUCGCAGGGAGUCAGACUAUCCAUUGACCCUGCAGUGGCUCCCCUCUCUGGACUACCUGCUGGAGCCUGUAGCUGUGACCCUGGAGGAGAAGAACCGAUUGAGGAGGGAGGGCUUGGCUCCUGUGCUUUACAUGCAAUCUCACUGUGAUGUUCCAUCAGAUAGAAACAGAUAUGUCCAGGAGCUCAUGAAGUACAUCCAGGUACAGUAUAAAGAUGUUAUAUCUGGGUUAUCAUCAUAAAGAGGCACGCUUGGUGAGCUACUUGUCUGAUUACUACAAGUACAGUUGAUAUAAAAAGUCUACACACCCGUGUUCAACUGCCAGGUUUUUGUCCUGUAAAAGAAUUAAAUCAAGAUAAAUAAUUUCACUACUUGUUCCACCUUUAAUGUGACCUAUAACCUGUACAACACAAUUGAAAAACAAACAGGAAUCUUUCGGGGAGGUGAAGUCAAAAUAAACAACUGAAAUCAUGUGGUUGCGUAAGUGAAUCCCAUCGAACAUUUGCGGGGUGAUCUGAAGAGGGCUGUGCAUAGGAGAUGCCCUUGCAAUCUGUCAGAUUUUGAGCGGUUUUGCAAAGAAGAGUGGGCAAAUAUUGCCACAUCAAGAUGUGCCACACUGAUAGACUCCUACCCAAAAAGACUGAGUGCUGUAAUAAAAGCCAAAGGUACUGCAACAAAGUAUUAGUUUAAGGGUGUGCAUAUUUCUGCAACCAGGUUAUUUUAACUUUUUUAUUUUUUAUUUUCCCCCCUAAAGGUUUCAUUUUGUUUUUCAAUUGCAUUGUACAGGUUAUAGGUCACAUUAAAGGUGGAAAAAGUUGUGAAAAUAUUUAUCUUGCUGUCAUUUUCUUACAUCACUAAAACCUGGCAGUUGAACAGGGGUGUGUAGACUUUUUAUAUCCACUGUAAACAUGAGUUUCAGUUGCACAAUCACAAAUAGUAGCAUAUCUAUUUAUUUAAAAAAAAAGGUUUCACAGAUAUUUAUAACCACACCUUUAUCAUGCUGUAGUUGUUUGUUUUUGAAGUUUAUUUUCUAAAAGUCAUAGUGCACUCAUGAGAUUUUUGUGACAUUAUUAAAAUGUGAUCCUCAGCCUUUCAUUGCAAAACUGGAUAGUCUUAUUUAAUUGUCUUGUUUUACCUUACUUCUCAGUCAUCCUUUACAAUUUGAACCCAACUGUAGCCUUUCUUUACAUUAAAACUUCCUCACUGUUAAUAACCGUUGGCUUGUGUGUACUUUAAGAACACACUGUAAAAUCUUUCAGAAACAUGCAUGUCACAUGAAUCCCACCCCUGUAAAAGGACACCCAUCUGUAUGAUACCAAGGGACUAUUCAAAUAUUGUUCAGUAAUGGUUUUAUAAGACAUAGACCUAAAUUUAAAUUGCUUUAAUUUGAAUAAGCUUAACGUUUACUGAGUCUACCCUGUCUACUUUUUGUUCUUCCUCACACAUUGUUUAUUCGUUUUUGUAGGUGGACUCUUACGGUAAAUGCCUGAACAACAAAGCUCUUCCUCAGCAUCUGGAGGACACAUCCACAGCCACAGGAGAAGAACACAGCUUUAUGUCAUUUGUAGCCCGCUACAAGUUUCACCUAGCACUGGAGAAUGGUCUGUGUCCAGAUUAUAUGACAGAGAAGCUGUGGCGGCCCCUCCAUCAAGGCUGUGUGCCCGUCUAUAGAGGCUCAUCUGUGGUGGCAGACUGGAUGCCAAAUGACCACACAGCUGUCAUCAUAGAUAACUUCCCCUCUCCAAAAGCUCUCGCUGACUUCCUCAAACAUCUGGAUGAGAAUGAUGAGGAGUAUGCAAAGUAUUUAGAGUUUAAAAACGUCAAAAGCAUAACUAAUGCUCGCUUGCUGGAGGCCCUAGAGACACGUGAAUGGGGGGUGAAUGACAUGAGUAAGCCGAACUACCUGAAUGGGUUCGAAUGUUACGUGUGUGAUCAGGAAAAUGCAAGGCUGGCAGCGGAACGAGCCUAUAGGAAAGCACCUACGAAGAACAAACCCCCUCAGCCUAAAAUGGCUAACAACUCUCACAUGGGUUGCCCCCUGCCCCGCCCAGGGUUCGGAAGUGUUCAAGAUUUACCCGAAGAUGAUGGGUGAGCGUUUCUGAACUUCUUACCCAUGCUAUGUGUGGAACUGUUCUACUUUUUAAACUUUAAUUUGAAUAAAAAUGUCCCAAGGGAAGGGUAAUCAGCCUAUUUUAAUGGUCUAAUUAAAAUGUCCUCCAUCAUGAGCCUAAUCUGUUUAUAUAUCUACCCGCAGAUGGUUGCAAAUAUGGCCGCAGGAUUACUGGCAGAGCCUGGACCAAGCAGAGGGGCUGGAGUCCCUGAUAAGACAUAACGAGUCAGACCCUUCGUUCCUGUGGAAGCACAUCCAAAACAUUGCUGUGAGCAGAGCCAGAGGAAAACACUGACACAGGCCUUGAAACAAACAGAGGAUGGCGAGCGGCCAGGAUCACAGGGGUGUCCCAUAUUAUGCAUUGCCUUUGUUUAAAUGAGGGGAAUGAAGCAGAAAUGACUCAUUCUUCUGCACCUGAGCCAAACUCCCUUUACCCUUACGAGCAUUUUGGUUACACUCUAACAGAUUUAGACGCCAUAUUUAGCCAAUAUGGUAGUUUUGUCCUUUGUCUCAAAUCCAGUUACGGGAAAAUAAUGUUUCAGUUAGCUAUACGCUAAUAUUUCCACGUUUUAUCACCACGACAGAGGGGCCAUCAUUACUUAUGCUCUGCUUUGCAUUGUUAACAUUAACUGCAUGCAGUGCAGUUGUUCCACAGAGGCACAUUCUCAUGGGAGGUGGCUUUCCAUUGGACUGGGAGGGAGCCAAAGACUUGUCCUCAGCAUCAAGGGAGCUGUGCCUAACUGUGUGUGAAGACCAUCAAGACUAAAGCCACUGAGCUGCAUUAGCUUCUGUACAGUGACUCUGCAGGUUGCUAAUGGUUAUUAGCUGAAGUCACUUUUAUGUACACUUCUUUUUUAAGUGACUAUGCAAGAAAAAGCCCACUGAGGAGUAAGGAAAGGAAAAUGUAGAGUUCAGCACAUUUCCCUGAAGAACAUCUCUUAUAUUUGUAAAGUAGUGCUCAGGAACUGUUCAACAAUCAACGACUUUUGUACAAGAAUCCUUAUAACAGAACUGUUUCCUGUUCCAUGAUACUCAUCAUGUUUAUGUGCAAUAACUUUUUUUCAAUGCUCCUCUUAAACAUGUUACUGCUUAAGACUCCAUAACAGCCAUAUGUCUCUACUGGCACACUGUCUUGUGUCACAUAUUUGUAGGCAGGAUUUUGUAAAUCAUUUUAUUUUAUUAACAAAGUAUCACAAGUUUACACUCUAUUUUGUAAGAAGAAAAUAAGCAAACAUUUUGUAACAAAGUCAUUGUCCUGAAUAACUAUUGCUGCCAAAUAAUAAUAUAGUAACCCAUAUGCCAGUAUUAGCCUGCUAAAUGUUGCACAGACUCAUCCUUCAUUGUUCACUGAGGCAGAUACAGCUGUCACCAAAAGGAAAAAAGAACAUCACAAGCUUGUACAAUAUGUGGGAGAAACUGGAAAUUUCACCUAAUGUAAGAGUCAACAGUAAGUAAUAACAGUGUUCUCUGUAACAGUGUCUUUGAUCGCCCUGUACCUCAUCUGUGCCCAGUCUAAACCAGGCAUGGUCCAAACUGUUUGACUGACCGGUUCUCUCUUUAUAUGCAAAUGAACAUGAAGUGAAGAGGGUGAGGAUGAGAGGCCGCUGAAAAGCUUCCACAAUCAGAUUUUGGCGUAGCAGCUGUCGCAGUGGACUUUCUUAUCAUGUAGAAACAUGCAGUGGAGAAGGUCUCCCAUCGGCCUUUCACAUACGGCGCACUGAAAAACAAGGAGACUCUUAUAAAUCCAAUUAAUAAUGAAAUGCAGGGAAGGGCAGCACUGUUACUGGAAUUUUCUUGUUCUUGUUCAUUGCACCGCAACACACUAUAUACAAAACUGGGGCAGCUAUGAAAGCAUAAUUAAGCAGGUAAUGGAACUAGAAACAUGCAACAGUUAAACGUACAUUAUAUUUCAGGAAAAAAAGAUUUUGAACAAUUAGAGAUGGUAUGCCGAUUGUAUGGAUGAGGAUUGGGUCCACAAGAAGAGAAAAAUAAUGACAGGAGGGAGAUUUUUUUUAUUUCAAUUUCAAGACUGAAAUCGAAAUUUUAAAAAGUCAAAAUUUCAACUAUUCACGUCGACUUUAAUCUCAAAAUUCUAAUUUUUUUUUAAUCUCGAAAUUUUGACGUUAUUGUUGACAUUUUCUUGAAAUUUCAACUUUAAUGUCCUUCCUGUAAUUAAUUUUUUUCUCUUCAUGUGGCCCAAAUCCUUUUUUGUACGACUGAGUGAACGAGGUUCAGUUCAAAGAAAUAAUUUUGGCUGCCUUGAGUAAAAUAAAAGGAUAAAUAUCAUGCUUUUUGUAACUCAAGGUUUGCCUGUUAUAGCUACUUAGGAGCAGGUCCCCUUACAUGGGGAGAAUUUCAGUCUAAAAUCUGAAUGCUAUAGAAUGUUCAGUUUCCCCAUUUCUACACACUACACCCCUAAGUUUAGAAGAUUUUUAUGUUUCCAUGACUUGAAGAGUUGAAAUGCAACAGAAACUGUCAAUGUUGGACACAUAUUUCAUGUCAGUCAGUGCCCUGGUUUGGCAACACUUGUCAAAAAACGUCCCCCUGCAGAUUUAUGAGACAGAUGUAAGAGUGCUAAAUAACUUAUCUUGGUAAGAGCAAUGAAAACCUAUGGAUAUGUUGA